AAACGGCCAUAGAAAUUAAAGAGAGAGAGAGAGAUGUGAUUGAGGUUAAGUUUACUUCAUUUCUUCAUUACUUCACAUUUUCACAUGUAUUUUGUUUACAAAGAAUAGUUCGAAGAAAUUUUUAGGAUUUCUAUAGAUUAUUUCAAAUAUUCAAGUCUUCAAAACUACUAACUACUAUGAAAAAACCCAAGGGAAAAACAACCUCAGCGAAUUCCUCAGCUGUAAUGGAAUUUGGUAAUGAUUUUACUCAAGAACAAGAAGAAAUGAAAAAAUGGUAUGAAGAGCUCGGGGAGGAUCCAAAGAGUUUUUCCAAGUCGACAGAGCAAGUUUUGAUUGACCUGAAAGAUGAAGCGAAAAAGUGUCAUGAUGCAGAAGUUGCUAAUUAUAAUAUCAAAAAUUCCAAAACAAACUCAAAUUAUCAGUGGAUGAAAACAGUUAUGUCCAAGGGUACCGUUUCUGAUAAAAUAGCUGCUCAUGUUGUUUCCAUUCAAGAUAACCCAAUUGCAAAUUUGGAAACUAUUAGGAAUCUUGUUGGAAUGGUCAAAGUAAGCAAGAAAAAGGAAUGUGUGAAAGUCAUGGAGACACUGACGGAAUUAUUUUUAUCUGACCUGCUGAGACCUGGUCAAAAAUUGAAGCCCUUCCAUCAGAGACCACUUUCCAAGUUGAAUGACCUUUCCUCUGGUAAUGCGGUGACUAGAAGAAAAAUACUAAGCUUUUGGUAUUUUGAAGAUCAGCUCAAAGAAAUUUACACUUCUUUUGUAUUGGCCUUGAAUACUGUGGCACACGAUACAGUCGAUAGUAAUAAAGACAAAGCAAUCACUGCUAUGUAUAAGCUUUUGGCAGAUAAUCCAGAGCAAGAAAAAAAUCUGCUCACAUAUAUCAUCAAUAAACUGGGAGAUCCUUCUCAGAAGGUUGCGUCUAAAGUGAUAUACUGCUUGACGCAGUUGUUAUUCAAACACAUCAAUAUGCAAGUGGUGGUGUUGAACGAAAUCGAAAAAUUGAUGUUUCGACCCAACAUUUCUAGCAGGGCACAGUACUACGGUUUAUGUCUCUUAUCCCAGUACCAUUUGAGCCACGACACUGACGAAGUCGCUAGGAAACUGAUUGAAUUAUAUUUUUCGUUCUUCAAAUCAUGUGUCAAAACGGGUGAUGUGGACAGCAGAAUGAUGUCUGCGCUUCUCAUGGGUAUGAAUAGGGCUUACCCAUAUGCAAAAAUGGACUACCCCAAAGUGUCUGAGCAUAUAGACACCAUGUAUAGAUUAGUUCACAUGGCCAAUUUCAAUAUCAGCUUGCACGCCCUGGCGCUUCUUUAUCAAGUUUCUGAUUUUGGAAAUAAUAUAUCAGACAGGUUUUAUGGUGCUUUGUACAAAAAGUUAUUCGAUACACAUUUACUGAAAACGACUCACCAAGCCAUGUUGCUGAGCUUAGUAUAUAAAGCCCUUCUCAAGGACAAGGAAAUCAACAGAGUGAAAAUGUUUGUGAAGAGAUUGUUGCAGAUAUCUCUUUACACACAACCAAGUUUUUCAUGUGGAAUCCUCUACCUCAUCUCCCAGCUUUUGUCUAAAAAAGAGAAUGUCCUCAGCCUCACGUUGAGUCAGUUAACAAUUGAUGGUUUAGACGAAGACGACGACGAUUUUGAAGAAAAAUAUGGUGCCAAUGCGAAGGAUCAGGUUGAUGCGUCUGUUCAAGAAAUAAAGGAAGAAGUUGAGGACCCUGAUUUUUCUCAACAAAUCACCGAGGUUAAUGAUUCAACUGUUAUUGACGGCGACCCAAUUGAAAUAAAAGAAGAAGAUGAAGACGUAAAACCCGACAUCCAAUCACUUGAGAACUCCGGAGGAAGUUGGCAUCACCUAAAGAUUGCUGUCAAGAAAGAAAAAUCUCCCACCUCGAAAUACAACCCUUUCGCAAGAAACCCUCUGUAUGGAGGUGGUGAAUUUUGCGCUUAUACCGAACUGCGCUCUCUUGUUAACCACUUUCACCCAACAGUGUCCCUUUUCGCUUACAAUAUCUUGAACGGUGAGAGGAUAAACUACACGGGAGAUCCGCUAAAAGAUUUCACGCUGAUAAGGUUCCUGGAAAGGUUCGUGUUCAAAAACCCGAGGAAGGUGGAAGAGAAGCCUGGCAAGCAUCCAACUUUUGGUAAACGGAAGCUGUACAGGCCUAAGGGUAUCAAGAUGAUCCCUGUCAAAUCUGCGAAUUACGUCAGGGAGAAUCCCGAAAAUAUACCUGUCGAUGAACUGUUUGUACACACCUACCUACAACAAAAAUACCAAGAAAAGGAUACCGAAGACAAUGAAGAUAGCGAUCUUGAAUCCGUUCAGAGUGAAGAAUUUGAAGAAAUGCUCGAUAAAAUGGCGGGUGUCCGCGAAGCAGAUGACAGCAUAGACUACAUGAAUGAAAUAGGAGACAACCUGAACCGAACCGAUAAAAAAAAUAAAAAAAAAACGAGUGACGAGGAAGAAGAAGGAAGCGAAGGAUACUUAUCAGAUCAAGAAGAAAUGGAUGAUGAUCUUGAUGAUGAUGACUUAGAUGAUGAAGAACUAGAUGACGAAGAAGGUGACAUCGAUGAAGAAGAAUUUGAUGAAAACGACGAAGAACUGUUAGGGGAUCUAAGUGAUGAUGAUGAUGUAGAAGACAUGGAGUUCAUGGACGAGGAACCGAGCAACAAGAAGAGGAACAAGUUUAAGAAGAGGGGAGAUGACAUCAUGUCUCAGUUUGCUUCGGCUGAAGAAUUCGCCACACUUCUUGAUGAAGAGGGCAGUUCGAGAGUUAAGCCUGGUGGUUCAAACGUGUUUGCCAAUAAAGAUCAUGCCAACACGAAGCAGUUGGCUUGGGAAGAAAACAGGAAUAGGUGGAUCAAAGGGUUCAGCAGGGCGGUAGGAGGAAAAAGCUCCAGGGAAUUUUCACAGAAAAACAAGGAGUUCCCCAAAAAGCGAAAAAACAAUAAUAAAUUCAAAAACACUAACAAGAAGUUCAAAAAAUAAUAUUGUUGCGUAAUUUGUUUGGAAUAUUGAUUUAAUGUAAAUAAAGCAUGUUAUUUUCU